GUGUUUGCGCAUGGCUGUCUGUGUCACUCUUAUUUCAGAUUUCAGCUUCACACACAGUGAGACUGUGCGCCUUGCGUUUGGCCUCUUAGUUUUUGGGAGUUUCACACAUAUAAAAAAAACUCACCGGAUAUAUUUUUCCAUUCUGUAGAGGAAGCCAUCUCAAGGUCCACAGUGUCACUGUGUCUAUUUCUGCUUCCUGUUGUGUCCUCCCCAUCAGACCUGACCAAGUUUUUCUCAUCUGGUCCUGAACCCCUCACCCCAUCAUGGCGCUCUCCUCACGCUUAAAACUCUGGGAACAGAAGAUCAAAGAGGAGAAGAAGGCACCUCCUGCUCCAGCACUACCUCCACCUCCUCUCUCGGCCGUACCCGGAGGAUUCCUCAAACAGCUGGUGAGAGAGACCGAGAAAGAGACACGACACAAAGAACCGGAGCUUAAAGAGGAAAAGGCGCCCAGCAAAUUGAGCGAUAAUUUGGUCCAGAAUUUCUUAAACCCGGAUGAAACCCCACCCAUACUGGAAGCAGAGAAGCUGGUGAACGGCGAACGAUGUCGGCACAACACGCUAACAGAGAAAAAAAUGUCAUUUCCCAGGAGAAUCAUGUCACCUGAUUCAACCAAUCAGAAAACAGACUCUAAAUCCAACACUCCAGACAUCAACGGUCAGGAACAGACGUCCAGUCCCUGUAUAGAAAACAUGACAGACGCAGCCAAAUCGCCAGAUCUAACUGUGAAAAAAGAAGCGAAGAGGGAAGAAGUCAAGGUGCGAAAGGAAGUUAAUGCACUACAACAGGAAGUAAAAGAAGUGAGACAAGAACCAGAAGGUCAAUUGACUGUAACUCAUGUAAGAGAGGAGCCAAAGGUACCGACGGAGGAUGUUUGGUACGAAGCUGGCAAGGUGUGGUAUGUUCACAAAGACGGCUAUACGCUUGCAACUCAGUUAAAACCGGAUGAGGGCACACCAGAGCUCCCUGAUGACCGGGUGAGGGUUCGACUGGACUCAGAUGGUUCUGUCCAUGAUGUAACUCAGUAUGAGAUCGAGAAGCUGAACCCACCUGAGCUGGACCUGUGUGAAGAUCUGAGCAAUCUUGUAAGCAUGAACGAGUCGAGUGCCCUUCAUGUUUUGACCAAUCGAGCCAAAGCGUGUCUACCCCUCACCCAUGCUGGACCAAACCUGCUGGCACUGUGGCCUCCUAUGUCUUCACCAGGCAAGGUUCGGAGUCGGCGCUGUGACUCUUGGACGGCUCCCGGGCCGCUGCAGGCUCUGGUUAAGAGGGUGUGCGUGUCUAUGGUGGGUCAGCGGAGAGAUCAGACGCUGGUGGCUUUGGGUCGCAGCGGUACAGGCAAAACCACUUGCUGUCAGUCGUUUUCACUGGAGCUUCUCAAACAAGCAGGAACGGCAGGGGGAAGCCUUACAUUGGAGCGUCUGCAGGCAGUGUUUACUGUCCUGCGCUCUUUUGGUUGUGUGAGUUCACCUCACAGUGAAGCCUCCAAUCGUUUUGCUAUGGUGCUCUCACUGGACUUCAACCACGCUGGACUCGCUGCCGCCGCACAUCUGCAGACGAUGCUGCUGGAGAAAUGGAGAGUAUAUCAGAGACCGGAGGGAGAGAGUAACUUCCUGGUUUUCUCUCAGAUGCUUGCAGGCAUCAGCACAGACCUGAGGACAGAACUGCAGCUGCACCAGUUAAAGGAAUACAACUUAUUUGGUAUCACAUGCCCAACCAAGGUGGAUGAAAAGCAAAGGGCUUCAGUGGGAUUUGGGAAACUGCUGGUUGCCAUGAACACUUUGGGAUUCACAGCAGAAGAACAAAAAGCAAUUUGGCAUGUUUUGGCAGCAAUAUACCACCUCGGUGUUGCAGGAGCAUGCAAAGUGGGCCGUAAGCAGUUUAUGAGUUUUGACAGCGCGCAGACGGCCAGCGCCAUCCUGGGUUGUGAGGGUGAGGAGCUUCACACGGCCGUCUUUAAACAUCACCUGAGACAGUUACUGCAGAGAGCGACCGGAGGCGUCAGAGAGAGACGUUCAACUGAGGAACCUGAGGAAGGUCCUAAAGUCAGUCCGGUUCAGUGUGUAGGAGGAAUGGCUGCUGGUCUCUAUGAAGAACUCUUUACCACUAUUGUAUCUCUCAUAAACAGAGCUCUGCAGUCUCAGCAGCUCACGUUGGCAUCAGUGAUCGUGGUGGACACGCCGGGCACGAGGAACCCCAGACACAGCGGAGAUGAGCGAGCAGCCGGUUUUUCUGAGCUCUGUCACAACUACUUACAGGAGAGACUGCUGGAGCACUGCUUCACACACACCUUUACACACACGCUGGACAGAUACGCACAGGAAGGAGUGCCUGUAGAUUUCGCCGCCCCUGAGUCGAGUCCUUCAGACAUUGUGAAUGCUGUAGACCAGCCUGGAUUGCAGGUUCGAGGACCAGAAGGUGACGCCCGUGGUCUUCUGUGGGUUCUGGAUGAGGAGAUGGUUACUCCUGGUUCAACAGAGAGCACAGUUCUGGAAAGGGUGUGUCAGUACUUUGGUGGCACGGUACGUCAAUGUGAGCAGCCUCUGCAUUGUGAGAUUGCUCACCUGAUGGGCUCCGAUCCGGUUCGCUAUGAUCUUUCGGGCUGGUUCAGUCAGGUCCAGAACAAUCCAUCUGCCCUCAAUGCCAGUUCACUUCUGCAAAACUCCUCAGUGAUAGAAAUAAAAGCCCUAUUUGAACCACGGGCGUCUGUGCCUCCUCUCUGCCGCGGUUUGGGCGGCGUCGAGGGCGGAUCACAGCGGGCACUGCAGAGGAGCGGUACCGUGCGCAAGACUCUGAGCGGAGGGAUGGCGGCCCUCAGGAGACACUCCCAGUGCAUCUCCGUCAAACUACAGGCGGAUGCACUGGUCAAUCUGAUUCGGCGAGCUCGACCGGUCUUCCUGCAGUGUUUGAGUGCUAAAACAGAUGGUUGUGGCUUUGAUGUCCCAGCACUGCGUGUACAGCUGCACUCCACACACCUGCUUCCAGCGCUGCAGCUGUACCGAACAGGCUACCCCGAGCACAUGUCUGUGGGUGAUUUCCGCUGUCGUUUCCAAGCUCUUUCCGCUCUUAUAAUAAAGCGUUAUGGCUCUGUCUUCAUUACUCCAGAUGAGAGGAAGGCCGUGGAGGAGUUAUUGAUCGAACUGGAUCUGGACAAGAAAAGCAUCGUUUUGGGAUUGAGUCGGGUGUUUAUGAAGCGAGGCGUCUUGAGUUGUUUAGAUCAGCAGAGAGAUCAGUUGGUGAGCGGUUGGCUUGUUUACCUUCAAGCGUCCUGUCUGGGUCACCUGGGUCGGCAGAAAUAUCGUCGCAUGAAGGUUCAGCAGAUGGCAGUGAGUUGUAUUCAGAGAAACUUGCGAGCUCUCACGUCAGUGUCGUGCUGGAGUUGGUGGAGGCUUCUGUGUAAAGUUCGCCCUCUGCUGGAUGUCAACAUGGAUGACCAGCGACUCAGAUCUAAAGAGGAUGAGAUCAGUGCUCUGAGGAGACGCCUGGACAAAUCCGAGAAGGAACGAAACGAACUGCGUCAGACUGCAGACAACCUGGAGACCAAGGUGACAGCCGUGACGUCUGAAUUAAGUGAUGAGAGGUUUAGAGGAGAUGCCUUAAGUCAAGCUCUAGACAUUGAACGAACAGAAAGACUUCGUCUCGUCAAAGACAAUAAAGAACUACAGAGUCGGGUGGAUCAGACUAAAGUGUCUCUUGAUGCCCUCGAGAGGCAGUUAGAGGAAGAAAAGCAGAAAGUUAAAAGUAAAGAAGCUCUCAGCGGAGUGGCCACAGAAAGUGAGCUGCAGCUGCAGCUGGAGUGCGCGCAGACGGAGGUGGAGUUUCUGCGCAGGCGUCUGCGUCAGACAGAGGAAAGACUUGACAGUGAGAAAGAAGCCAGACAGCAACUGGACACAAAGGUCCAAGAACUGCAGGUUCAGCUGGAGCAGUCCAAACGAUCUGUGACCGAGCUGAAACGCCACUGCAGACGCUUGACCUCUGACCUCCAGGAUGCUCGCGUGCUGACAGACAGCCUGCAGGGCCGCGCUCACGAGCUGGAUAGGAAGCAGAGGAGGUUUGACAGCGAGUUGACCCAGGCUCUCGAACAGGCUGAUAAUGAAAGGGAACAGAAGGAGAGGACCAUCCAGGAGAACAUCGCCCUGGGUGCUGAGGUCUUUACACUUCGAAAGACAUUGAAGGAGAGUCAGACGGAGGUCACACACCUACAGCAGCAGAAGGAGGAGUUGUGUGCUCAGAUUCGUGACUUAAGUGUGCCGCUCAACCUCACCAGCGACUCCGUCCCAGAGCUGAAGAAACAUCUGCGUGAACUGGAGAGCAGAGAGACCGAGCGAGCCGAGGAGAUCACACACAUGACUGCUAAACUCAAACAACACGAGCAGGUUCAUCUGCGUUUUGAGAUGGAGAUGGAGAGGAUGAAGCAGAUCCAUCAGAAGGAGCUGGAGGACAAAGACGAAGAACUUGAGGACGUGCAGAAGUCCUCACAGAGAAGGCUGCGACAGCUGGAGAUGCAACUAGAUCAGGAAUAUGAAGAGAAACAGAUGGUGGUUCAUGAGAAACAUGAUUUGGAGGGCCUGAUAGCCACGCUGUGUGAACAGGUGGGCCACAGAGACUUUGAUGUGGAGAAAAGGUUGAGGCGAGACCUGAAGCGAACACACGCUCUGCUCAGUGAUGCGCAGUUGCUGCUGUCCACCGUUGAACAGCCCGGUCAGAGUCAUGACCCCGGUGCUAAGGAGCAGCUGGAGAGACUGCACUGCCAGUUGGAGGACAGUGAAGCCAGACGUUUGGAGGCUGAAAGCAUACAGAAGACUCUCUCAGCAGAGCUCGAUAACGCUCAGAUGGAGUUGGAGAACAUCUGCAAACAGAAGAGCCUGGUGGAUGAGCAGCUGGCUCAGCUGAGGUACGAGAGAACGGAUCUGAUGAAGAGACUCGAGGAAGACCAAGAGGACCUGAAUGAGCUCAUGCAGAAGCACAAAGCCCUAAUCGCUCAGUCUUCCAGUGAUAUCUCUCAGAUCAGAGAACUUCAGGCUGAGCUUGAGGAGCUGAAGAAACAGAGACAAACCUUACAAGAGCAGCUCCAGACCAGCGUUGCGCGCGUGCAGUUCCUGGAGUCGUCCACGGUGGCCCGCAGCAUUGUCAGCAAGCAGGAGGCUCGGAUCUGUGACCUGGAGAACAAACUGGAGUUUCAGAGAGGACAGGUCAAGAGGUUUGAGGUCCUGGUUCUGCGUCUGAGGGACAGCGUGGUCCGGCUGGGCGAAGAGCUGGAGCAGUCGGCCCAGGCCGAGAGCAGAGAGAGAGAGAAUUCACGAUACUAUCAGCAGAGACUGGCGGACAUGAGACUGGAAAUGGAGGAUCUGAGUGUCAGGGAGCAGGAGAGCGGCCGCAUACGCAUGGAGCUGGAAAUGCAAGUGGAGGAGCUUAGUGCGGUGAGACAGACCCUGCAGGCAGAUCUGGAAACGUCAAUCCGGCGUAUCGCUGAUCUACAAGCUGCCUUAGAGGAGGUGGAGUCCAGCGAUGAGAGUGACACUGAAAGUGUGCAGACAGCUGUGGAUUCCUUGUCUAGAAAGAAAGAUCUUGACAGCAUGUCCAGCGUCUCAUCCAGUGUGGGCACAGAAGACGUCGGUGAAGGUAUCCGUCACUGGAUGGGUGUCCCACGAGGAGGCAGAGGAGGUGCGACAUCCCCUUAUGGAGGAAGCAGCUCCGGGCGUCAAUCUGUCACGGACACCAUGAGCACCUACAGUUUCAGAUCUUGUACUCAAGACCUGGAUGAAGAUACCAAAGAAAAGUCUGGAGGUCUUGCCAGGGCGUCCUCUUCCACUGCCCUGUCCGAGCUCCUGGAAGGUCUGCGGAAGAAGCGUGCUGGGCUGGAAAGAGGCUCAGAGGCGGGUGAGGGCAGUACAGUGUCCCUGCCCAUCUAUCAGACCACGGGAGCCUCUACACUCCGCCGCAGGCCCUCCGCGCUGUCGCUUGAAGCAGAGGAAGGACUGGAGGACCUGCCCCGACCAGGCAUCCUAAAACCCCCAAGUCCCCACCUGCCCCGUGCUUCCAGUCUGCGCUCCCUGUCUGAAGCAGGGCUGACCUCCACGACCACAUCUACCACGGGAAAGAUGAGCCGCUUCAGCUCCUGCGACUCGCUCGCCUCCGUGACCUCCACCGCAAGUUCCAGACGGCACUUGUCCAACCUCGCCAUCCCCGAGGAGGGGGAGGAGGAGCUCGGCACGAAAGCCCUGCCGUCUCUCGGCCCCUAUCAGCCAAUCCGCCGGCGUAUGCACAGCAGUAUUGUGGCGGAGGGUGGAGAGUCUCAGUUGGGGACGGAGCCUAUGGUGUUUCAAAAUCGGCGACUCUUUAGCGCCCAAGAUAAGGGAUGGGCUGGUGAUGAUGCAGAUGACAAUAACUCAGACAUUCUUCCAGCGAUCCGACGAGCGCAGUCUACCAGCAGCCUAGCAUCCACCGGUUCAAGAGGAGGACAGAGGCGAGCACUCAGUGUGCACUUUGGGGAGUUGCCCACAUCCAGGUCACGUAGGGAGUCUGACUCUGAUUCUUCAGGUUCUAGUGGAUCUCAGAAGCGCCGUGGGCCUCAAGGAGAGAGGCUGGAAGCCGAGGGCAGUGAGGAUGUCAAUUCGGUGAUGAAGAAGUACCUCAAAAAAGCAGAAGUCGACUAGAAAAGUCAAUGAGCAGGAUGGAUGAAAGCGUUUGGAGAAAUGUUCCUGUCCAGAAUGCAGUGAUGCACACUAUUUUAACUGGAAGCACAAAUACACUUGAGGAUUUAUUUUGAACACUGUUUGUACACAUGAAUAAAGAUGUUAAAAUAAA